GGGUAGGAUGGGAAGAGCACUGAAUGGGUUCACAGUCCCAAGAUUGAGAGCCAUCAGUGAGCAGCUGUCACUUCAAGGCUUAGGGGGCUCAGCAAUCGCCUCCCAAGGGAUUCAGCAGUGAGAGCGAGAGAGAGGGGGCACUCCAGGAAAGCAGGGCACCGACUGACUUUACAAAGAAAAGAAAACAGUAAAACAGUCUGAAACAGUAACCAAGACACCACUGGACUCUCCCUGGUCCCUUAAGAGCUUGAAGAGCUGUGCAGAAGGGUGGAAAGCAGAACCAUUCGCUCCUAAAAGGCAAAGAGCAGAGAAGCUGUUAAUGCAACAUGAUCCUGACUUGAACUAAAAAUAUCAUCAAGGGACAGGCUUGGAUCUACUUAACUGGCUAAAGAUUACAUCUUUUUGUUUUGUUUCUUUCCUUUUAAUUACUCUAAUUAGACUUUCCAGGGAUUUAACAAGGUAUUCCAAAAGCAUCUGGCACUGCCGACUGUGUGCUUGAGGUCAGAUUUCAUGUAAAAGCUUGCUUUUAAAGUUGUGGAAUAGUUUUGAAAUAUUAUAUUUAAAAAAUUUAAAUAAAAGGUGUAUGUAAUUAGGAUUAAGAUCUGAUUGGCAGAAGUCAAAUCUGAAACAAUGCUGUUGUAAUUUCACAAAGAAAAAUCUGGCAACGGAUUAGAUAAGAAAAAAAAAAUUGUAAUACCAGAACAUUUUUAUUUAUUUAUUUAUUUAUUUUUUAGUGGAAAAGAAAAAGAAACAAAAUAAGAUUUGGUAUGCUGGUGAAUUUGUUAUUGAUUUUACACAGAAAAAAAUCGAAAUUUUAGGAAAAACAGAAAAAUCCAAAUAUGGAAUACAAUUUCAAGGAUUAGAAAAAACUGAAACAGAUCUUUCUGAAGGAGAAAGAUUAAUUUAGGGUAAAAGAUACAAGUUAAUGACUGUAUAGGAAUUAAAGACCUGCAUUAAAUCACACACACACACCAGCCAUGCGCAAAGCACAAGUUAAAAUGACCCUUAAGAAGCCUGAGGAAGAGGCAGCAUGGGGUAGGCUAGGUGCGGCACCCCCUAGUCCUAAAAUUCCAUCGAAACGUGCCAAAGUGCUUGUGGAUCCGGCAGUGCAAGAGCUGCGUGGCUCCGGAGAAUACCCCUACAAAACUGCACCACUGUUUAUCAGAAAAAUGAAGAAUGCUGCUGUGGGAACUGGGUGCGAUAUCCGGCUGAAGGUAACCGUAGCGGGAGAUCCACAGCCGGCCCUCUACUGGUACCACAAUGAAAGGCAACUGGCCAUGGAUAACCAGGAAUACGGAGGUCUGUGGAUCAGGGACUGCAAGCUCAGUGACGCCGGGCUCUACACCUGCAUAGCGACCAACCCAUUAGGAGAGGCCCGGACCAGCGGUGUACUAGCGGUCAUGGACCUGGAGGAUGACUCAGAGACCACAGAAGACGAGGCAGCUGAGCCUCAGAUAGGCAUGGCAACAAAAGAAGGACCCCGUGGUCCUCAGGACCAGGCUGUUCACAGAGUGCCUGCAGGCAAUUUGGAUCUGAUGAAGGACGCCACCCCUGAAACAACGCCCGCUUCAGGUUGGAGUGGGUCGCGGGCAGGCAGCUGGGCGGGAAGCCAGAACACUGUGGUGGAGAAGGAGCUGUCUGGCUUGGGUUCGAGAGUCACUGUUUCCACGCAGAAGGAUGCUUUCUCCAAGCCUUCCAGAAGCCUUUGUGGAGACGUUUUGAGGGAAGACUAUGGCUGCCAAGCCACUGAGCUGGAGCAGAAACGGGACCUUGGGUCAAUAAGAUACCCCUCUUCCCGAUCCCAAGUUCUUCCACUUCCCUCUCCCAAAAUUGGCCAGCGGUCUAGCUCCAAUCCCAUACCCAGCCGCUCUGGGUCAGCCCCAGCCACCCCCUUGACCCCCCGCAAGAAAAUUGUGACCCCUGUUGAGUACCUGGAUAUAGUGCCUGCAGAAUUUGAGGACAAGAUCAAGCAGCCAAAAUCCUCUGCACUCUCCCAAACCAGCACCCAGGAUUCCCGUCCGCAGACGCCACUAAGCGAAUACUCACGGAAGGACUUAACGCUCCGACCCUCCCCCAAGCUGGCCCGUGCAAGCUCUAAGAUCUUCGAGAAGGUGCGUUACUUUGAGGAAAGGCGACGCAGUAUUGACCAGCAUGAGGGUUCCAUCUCGGGACGCUCCUGGGCUGGGUUCCACCGGACGCGCUCCUUUGAUCAGUCAGAUGACGAGAAGAGCAGGACAGGAAUUUCCCGAGAGAGCUCCAGGGAAGAUCUGAGGGAGGCACUCAGGGCUGAAGCGGCUCAGCGGAGGUCCGUAUUUAAGCAGAAGGCUUCUUCUUUUGAUGAAAAGCCUCGCCACAGUCACAAGAUCCAAGACAUCGAGAACAAGUUCACAGAAGAACUCCAGCGCAUCAAAAAAGUGGUAGGCAAGCCCAAUUUAAGCAAAUCCUUCUCCACGGAGCAGAUCUCGCAUAGGAGAGGGAGAUCACCUAUGAAAAAGCUGGAGCCAAUUCCUCCUGAGGUUCUUCAGAAGCUGCAAGACAGAGAGAGGAUCCAGCAACAGCAGCAGCAACAGCAACAACAGCAGCAGCAACAGCAACAGCAGCAGCAACAGCAACAGCAGCAGCAGCAAAAGCAGCAACAACAACUACAGAAACAACAGGAACAACUACAACAACAGCAGCUUCAACAGCAGCAGCAGCAGCAACAGCUGAGCUCUAGGAAACCUUUAGUGAGGGGGCUAGCAACAGUAAACCGAUCGCAAGAAGAAGGGGAUGUGUCACAUUCUGAUUUAACCAAUCGUCCCUCUGUGACUAGAGAGCCAAGGGGAAUCAGUCCCCACAAAGAGUUACCCAAGGGAUUGGUCCCAGUGAAGACACUGCAGAAGAAGAGGGAAGAGCCAACACUGCCACAGCACCUUCCAAUGGAAGUAGAGGAGACCAAGACAACACAGCUUCCAGUACAGCGGAUUGUGCAAAAACCUGCUAGUCCACUGGUUCAGAAAGAAGCCAUACAACUCCCGCAGCUGCCCACACAAGCUCCUCCAAUGGUUUCCAAACUUACACAAGCCCGCAAAGAAGCCGCCAAUCUUCAAGAACUACCAACACAAGCUCUUCCAAUGGCUUCCAGGUUCACACGAGUCCCCUCCCCCAGCCCCUUGCCAGAGAAAGUGGAGGACGAGAAGAUGGAAGUUGAGGAAAGCCCUGCACAGCCAGCUCCCAGGCCAGCCGUGCCCCGGAUUGUGGUAGAGGCGGAGGCAGGUGGUGGAUGUGCUGGUCUGGAGGCUGAUACGAAGAAGAAAUCCAGUGUGGCGAAGGAAGGAAAGACCCAGAGGAGCAGAGGGAAUGGUCGUCGAACUCGUCCAAUGUCCCCAGAUAUGGAGUUAGAGUCCUCGGAUGAUUCAUACAUGUCAGCUGGAGAAGACCCAUUGGAGUCCCCCGUGUUUGAGGUUCCUCUACAGGACAUAGUUGCACAGGCUGGCACAGAGGUGCUGCUCAAAUGUAUCAUCACUGGCAAUCCUCUGCCAGAAGUAACUUGGAAACAUGGCAACAUCCCUGUAAGGAGCAGCCCUAACCAUCUGGUUAAAGUGGAAGGAGAGAGGCACACCCUGCUGAUAAAGUGGGUGAAAGCUGGCGAUGCUGGACAGUACUGCGUUAGCGCUGUCAACGAAGUGGGCAAGACUUCCUGCAGCGCCACUUUGACAGUUAAAUCAGAUCCUUCCCAGGAGCAGCGGACCACCCUGAGUGUCCCCCUGGACUUCAGCAGCCCCAUCACUUCCGACGAGGAGUACCUCAGCCCGCUGGAGGAAGCUGAGUUUGGAGUUCCAUCGCUCCGGGAGCCUGACACCAUGAGGAUACCAGACGCCCCAGAGCCCAAGAGCAUCAUUGAAACACGCUUCAAGGAGCCGCCCUCUUUUGAGGUAUCCCUGAGUGACCAGACAGUUAUAGAAGGUCAGGAUGUCAGCCUGUCAGUUCGAAUUCAAGGAGAGCCCAAGCCCAUGAUUUACUGGCUUAAGAACAGACAGACAAUAAAGACUGACAGUCGUCACUGUGUGACUGAAGCAGAGGGCGGCUUUUUUGAGCUGAAAAUCACUGCAGCCGAGAAGUCAGACGCUGGAGUUUAUACCUGCAAAGCAAUUAACGAAUAUGGAACGAAGCAAUGUGAGGGAAAACUGGAGCUCAAAGCCCCUCCCGUGGAACCAAACCUGGUGAUAUCGAGGCAGAUGCGAGAUGUGACAGUGAAGGCAGGUGAGAUGGCGGUCUUUGAGUGCUUUAUCUCUGGGCCCCCGGACGUCGACGUGGACUGGCUUUCCAGUGGCAAACUGGUUCAGCCAGCCCUGCUCAACUGCAAGAUGUACUUUGACGGCAAGAGAUGCAAACUGCUUCUGAACUCGGUGCAUGAAGAUGACAGCGGCACGUACACCUGCAAACUGAGCACUGCCAAAGAGGAGCUAACCUCCAGCGCCAAUCUUAAAGUCAUUCCCUCAAUCGAGCCUCUUUUCACAAGGAAAUUGGAUAUCCUGGAGGUGAUCGAGGGUCGGACAGCUCGAUUCGGCUGCAAAGUCAGCGGGACGCCUCCUCCACAGGUCACCUGGAGUCACUUCGACCAAGCGGUUGAAGAAAGUGAGAAUAUCCGUAUCCUGAAGGACAAGGGGCUCCACUCCUUAAUUAUCUCCCAUGUCAGCAAUGAGAAUGAAGGCUUCUACACUGUCAUAGCCAAGAACAGCCAUGGAGAGACCGAGUGCUCAGCUGAGCUGUAUGUGCAGGAGCCUCGCCCAGCUGUCUCCUUACAAAUUGCGAAACUGGAGAAGAUGCCUUCGAUCCCUGAGGAGCCAGAGGUGCCCGAGAGCGAGGUGGAGCGAUUCACCAUGCCGGACUUCGUUAAGCCACUCCAUGACAUGGACAUGAUUGAGGGGAAGGAGGCUGUUCUCAAGUGCAAGGUGGCGGGCCUGCCCUACCCCACCAUCACCUGGUUCCACAACGGCCAGAAGAUCGACAGCACUGAUGACAGGAAGAUGACUCAGUAUAGAGACAUCCAUAGCUUGGUUAUCCGCUCAGUCACACAUGCUCAUGGAGGCGUCUAUAAAAGUGUCAUUUCAAACAAGGUCGGGAAGGCCACAUGCUAUGCUCAUUUGUACGUAACAGAUGUCCUGCCAGACCCCCCAGAUGGACCCCCUGUAGUGGAAGCGAUAACGGGCAAAACUGUCACCCUGCAGUGGAAGAAACCAAAGAAACUGGACCCCAGCAUAGAUGCCAGCUCACUGACGUACACCAUCCAACAGCAAGCGGUAGGGAUGAACCAGUGGAGCACAAUAGUCUCCAACUUGAAGAAAACUUCAUACACAGUGCACACUCUCUCCAAGGGGGUUCUUUAUGCCUUUAGGGUGCUGUCAUCUACCCCUAAGGUCCACAGCAAACCUUCUCCAGCUACAGAACCAGUACAGCUGGUCGAUAGAGGCCCCUACCUGGAGGAGGCACCAGUUAUCCUAGACAAGCCGGAUGUGGUUUACGUGGUAGAGAACCAGCCAGUCUGCAUUACCAUCAACCUGAAUCAUGUGCUUGCAGGGAUUACAUGGAGGAGGAAUGACAGUAUCUUGGUAAACACACCAGGUCUGUUUGAGAUGAGCAUGCCUGAUGAUGACCAGCACUCACUGAGGAUAAUGCGGAUUAGGAGCAGUGAUGUGGGAGAGCUCACCUGCACAGCCAGUAACCAGUACGGCAGCGAUAGCUGUGCAUUUUCACUUGAAAUUGCAGUGGCCCCUACUUUUGAAUCCAUCAUGGAGGAUAUAGAUGUGAGCACAGGAGAGACGUCUCGUUUUGCUGUGGUGGUUGAUGGGAAACCCGUUCCAGACAUCAUGUGGUACAACAAUGACAUUCUCCUGUCUGAGAGCAGCCACUUCACCUUUGUGUAUGACGACAAUGAGUGCUCCUUGGUGAUUCUCAGCCCUCGGGAGGAAGACUCAGGGGUGUACACCUGCACUGCCAAGAACCUGGUGGGGUCUGUAUCCUGCAAGGCCGAGCUCACUGUGCACCAGAUUAAAAUGGAAAAAGAGGAGCAGAUGGAAGAUGAGGAGACUAUGCUCCGAAAGAUGCGCAGACUGACUGAUUACUAUGAUGUGCACAAGGAGAUUGGAAGGGGUGCCUUCUCAUACGUGAAGCGCGUAACUGAGAAGAGCGGGAAGAUAGAGUAUGCAGCGAAGUUCAUCUCACGGCGAGCGAAGAGCAAGGCCUCAGCCCUCAGGGAGCUGAACAUCCUGUCCCAGCUGGACCACGAGAGGAUCCUGUACUUCCAUGAUGCCUUCGAGAAGACGAACGGAGUGAUCAUCAUCACCGAGCUCUGUCAGGAGGAACUUUUGGAGAGAGUCACCAAGAAAUCUUCAGUAUUGGAGUCUGAGAUCCGAUCAUACAUGAGACAGCUCCUUGAGGGAAUCAGCUAUCUACACCUGAACAAUAUUCUCCACCUGGAUAUUAAGCCUGAAAACAUCCUGAUGGCAGAAUCCAGCAAUGAGCAGAUCCGGCUGUGUGAUUUUGGGAAUACAGUUGAGUUUACUCCUGAUGAGGCACAGUACUGCAAAUACGGAACUCCGGAAUUCGUCGCCCCGGAGAUUGUAAACCAAACCCCAGUCUCCAAGGCUACUGACAUCUGGCCUGUUGGAGUUAUAACAUACCUAUGCCUCACUGGGGUUUCUCCAUUCGUGGGGGAAAAUGACAGGACCACCGUGUUGAAUAUCAGGAACUACAAUGUGGCGUUCGAGGAGAAGAUGUUUGCGGAUCUCUGCCGUGAAGCCAGGGGAUUUGUCAUUAAGCUUCUGGUCGCUGACAGACUGAGACCAGAUGCGAAUGAAUGUCUUCGUCACCCUUGGUUUAAGACUUUGGCAAAGGGCAAGAGUAUCAACACAGAACCCCUGAAACUGUUCCUGUCUCGCAGAAAGUGGCAGCGCUCGCUUAUUAACUACAAAUCCAAGAUGGUGAUGAGGUCCAUUCCUGAGCUCUUGGAUGAUUCUUCCAGCCACAUCUCCAUCGCUGUCCCCAGGCACCUUAAAGAAGGUUCCCCUCUGCCCUCGUCUUCCUCAGACUCUGAUGACAUUGAUGAGCUUCCAUUUAUCCCCAUGCCUCUGACCAUGGAGUUUUCUGGCUCAAGAAUGUCUCUCAAUGAGAUUCCAACCGAUGAUGAGAUGGCGGGCAGGCCCAAUGGAACUCUGGAAGGGGUGGGGCUUGAAGCAGAGGGGGCAGUGCCUAUGGAGUGUGAACCAACCCCCUCUGGGAAAGAGAGUGGAGAAUUGACAGGGAGAGGCAGGUCCAGAAAAAGGUCAACACAAGAAGAGGACAACCUAUCUUCAGAUGAAGAAAGCACUGAGGCACGAAAGAGGCCAGAGAAGCCAAAGAGAGCCCUCCACAAGGGUUCAAGUGUGGAGUCAGAUAAAGCAGGUGGAGGCUCGAAGAGAGGGGAAUUGAGGAGAGGAAGUUCCGCUGACAGUGCCCUGCUACUCCAUAUUACCCCAGAAGAGGGGGCUGCAGAGGGCCAAACGGGGGAGCCAAAGAAAGGCCUCAAAAAAGCUGUUUCAAUGGAGCUCCCUAGGAGGAGUCCAAGCCCAGGAACUCUAGAUGAACGUCGUAAGUUGAGCCAGGAAGAUUAUGCCCUGAAACUAGAACUGAUGAGACAGAGACUGCUGAGGGGAGGAUCUGUGGACAGCAAAAUGAGUGGCCUACGAGGCCCACUGCUGGAGACCCUUGGCAUUGCAGGGGAGGAUCCCAAAAAACGCACCGCAUCUCUGGAGCGCUACAGCCGCCCACCCCGAUUAGGCCCAAACCCUCCUCUUGCUAGGGCAGCCUCUAGUGACACCCCCAAAGAAGAGUGUUCAGACACCAAGGUACUACGCAAGUGUGCCUCCUUUAGCCAGGGGGACAGUGAACCGAUCCCUCUCCAUCGGCGCUCCGGUGCUCCCUUAGAGAUCCCAUUGGCUCAAAUAGAGGGACGCAGACUACAGGAAUGCAUAUCGAUGUCGGCACUCACUGAACAGACAAAGCUGGAGUCCCGGCCAGCCACCCCCAGGGAAAUCUCUUCAAAACCUCCUACCCCAGAUUUUGAAAAACAGGAGGUGGGACUGACUGGUGGGACAGAGAAGGUAAGCAAAUUGAAGAAAGCAGAUGGAUCCUUUGAGGACAAAGCAAAUGCAACAGAGAAAGCAAGCAGGCCUGAGGAGGUGAAAGUAGGUACGGCAAAACCAGUGAGUGUGUCAGCAGAGGAGAAGGUUGGCAAGAUUGAGAAAGUGGCAGCUUACACAGAUGAGGAAAAAGGUGCAUCAGAGAAAGUUGCUGUGGUUACAGAACCUGAAAAGGUGGCUGAAAGAAAACCUUUACUGAAGCCGGAGGCCACCAAGAUAGUGGAAGAGAGGAAAGAAGAACAGGAAGCUGUUGUUUCAGUUAAAGCAGAGCCAAAAAAAGUGAAAUCGCUAACACUAAAGCAACCACCAGAGAUAAUAAUCACAAGAUCCGACACGCUGACGCCUUUGUCCAUGCCAGCAAAACCUCCACAAUGUGGCAUCUCUGCCCGAGCUUCACCCUCACCAACCACUCAUGUUUUAUUUUCACUCCCCGGCCCCUCGUCCUCUGCCUAUUCUGAAACCAUGCAAACCAUUGUUGCUCCAACCCAAGAGCCCUCCAAAAACAAGCCAGAGUCCAGCACAACUGCUCACCCUGCUGUUUUUGCCCGAGUAGCAUCUACUGAACAACCUGACAAAGAACCCAGUCCACCUAAAAGUUUACAUCAGCCAACCCCUGAUAAAGAACCACCCCCUGUCAUCGAGGACAUAGCAUCUGAAGAAGUCUUUGAAGCAAAGUUCAAAAAGCGUGAGUCCUCCCUUACUCGUGGGAUCAGGCUCCUCACUAGGUCCAAGUCUGAAGAGAAGACUCUUGUUCUUCCUCCCACAUCAGGGGAGGAAAUCUAUCGUCCAGGGCCCAUAGGAGCUCCCUUGGAGAUUGUCAAGCCUGAGGAAUCCAAGAGGAUGGAAGAGAGGGCCAGAUCGGUGCAGGACCUAAGGGAAGCAGAGAAGGAUACCAGCUUCAUGAGGAGGCUCUCUCUGCGUUUAAAGAGGACCCCCUCAACAGAGAGGAAGGAAGUGAAGCCUCAAGAGGAAAGUCCAGCUCCAAGGAGAAGACUCUCAUGGACGUUAGGUCGUAGCAGCUCCAGGGAGAAGAAAGAAAAGGAGGUGGAGAUGGUAAGGAUGGAACCUGGGGCUCCGAAACAAGAGCCAGAGAUCAGAGAAGCCAAGAAACCAAAUGAGUCUCCUGUCCUGGCAAUGCGCAAGAAGAUCGAGUCCACCGUGGCUGGGAUCUCCAUGAGGAUCCGCAGUCACUCCGAGGAGAGGAAGGCUGAGGCCAAGGAGGCCAAGUCAGAGAAGAGGACACCCUUGCUCUCUUUGCUCCGUAGAUCCAACUCUGAGGGAACCAAUCUCAAAAGGAUGGGGGUCCCACAAAACCAGCUUGCUAGCCAGGUUUCUUCUGCCCCCUCCUCAGAGUCCCUGCAGUCGGAAUGCAGUGUCCAGUCAGAGGCGGCUGUCAAAACCUCGUCGGAGAGUGAGCGCAAAUCCAGGUGGGACCGAUGGGGUCUAUCCAGAGGGAAGAGGGAUAAAGUUGUUUCCCAACCCAACAUCCCUUCUGCCAUAACCAAAGAAAACGGCACCUUGGAAAGAAGACAGUAUUCUCGCCUUACAUCAGACUUCCCUCCUGUGUUCCACAUCAAGCUGCGUGACCAUGUGUUGCUGGAGGGAGAUCCCAUCACACUGUGCUGUCUACCGGCUGGCAGCCCUAACCCUAACAUCAUAUGGAUGAAAGACAAGAAGCCGGUGGAGAUUGACUCGAGGAUAAACAUUGUCUCGUGCGCUGAUGGACGGCAGCUCCUGAUGAUCCUGAAGGCCUACAAAAAGGACUCUGGGCUGUAUGAAUGCGUGGCUACCAAUCCACUGGCAUCUGUCACCAGCUCUUGCACUGUCUCCCUGGCUAAAAUCCCAGGUCGCCCAGGAACACCUGAGAUACCCCAGAAGUACAAGAACACAGCCCUGGUGUUGUGGAAGCCAUCUGAUACCCAGGCACCAUGUACCUAUUCACUGGAGAGGAAAACAGAGGGCGACUCCAACUGGCUUAUAGUGGCUACAGGAGUGGCAGACUGUUACUACAACGUCACAGAUUUACCAAUGGAUGGCACCUAUAAGUUCCGAGUGGCAUGCGUCAACAAGGCAGGACAGGGAUCCUACAGCAACUCUUCAGAAACAGUGACCCUCGAAUCACCAGAAACCUCCAAAGCUCCUCCUCCUGCUGCUCCUAAAGCCAUCCCUUCCACCCCUCCUCCAGUCGUGACCACAUCCAUAGCAAUACGUCCUGCUACCCCUAAAGCCAUCCCCUCCACCCCUCCCCCAGUCAUGACCACAUCCAUAGCAAUACGUCCUGCUACCCCUAAAGCCAUCCCCUCCACCCCUCCCCCAGUCGUGACCACAUCCAUAGCAAUACGUCCUGCUACCCCUAAAGCCAUCCCCUCCACCCCUCCCCCAGUCGUGACCACAUCCAUAGCAAUACCUCCUGCUGCUCCUAAAGCCAUCCGCUCCACCCCUCCUCCAUUCGUGACCACAUCCGUAACAAUACCACCAUUUCAAGCCCCUUCUUCCAAAACACUCACAAAUUCCACAUCGCUAUCCAAACCAGCAGUGGUCCAAAUAACCCCCUCUACCACCCCAACCCCCACCUCUGCCAAGACCACUCUCACCAUUACUGUCACUACACCAUCUUCUGUCGCCCGUCCCUCUCGGUCACCCACAGGAAAUGAAAACCUACCCAGAUCCCAAGCUCCCCGACCUGCUAUCUUUCCCAAACCACCCACGCCAGUCAACCUGGUCACUCCCAUCUCUCCAUUCCCUCCCAUCUCCCCACCUCCUUUGGUCCCCCCACCCCUUGUCAUUGGCAAACCAAUCUCUUCCGUGCCCAUGUAUGCUGCAACGACCCCGACUCGAGUCACCCCUUCCCCGGUGUCGUUGCUCACCCCGCCUGUGGUUCUGGUGACCAGCCUGAGCCCGGUGGGAGAGGGGGUCUCCACUCCGACACGUUUGACCCCCACAGGAAGAGUGACACCAUCUGCCAAAUCGCUGGAGAGUGGAACUACUGCAUUACGCCAAGGCGUGCCACAAAAACCCUACACCUUUAUGGAUGAGAGAGCGAGGGGGAGGUUCGGCGUGAUCAGAGAGUGCAAAGAGAACGCCACAGGCAAGCAGUUUGUGGCUAAAAUCAUCCCCUACGAGCCAGAGAGCAAGCAGGCUGUGCUACAGGAGUACGAGAUCCUUAAGUCCCUCCACCACGACAAGGUCAUGGCUCUGCAUGAGGCCUACGUCACCCCACGCUACCUGGUCCUCAUCUCCGAGUCCUGCGCCGGCAAGGAGCUGCUCUACAGCCUCAUAGACAGGUUCCGGUACUCUGAGGAUGAUGUGGUGGGUUACAUCGUGCAGAUCCUGCAGGGUUUGGAGUACCUCCACGGCCGACGCAUCUUACACCUGGAUAUUAAGCCAGACAACAUCAUUGUCACCUACAUGAACGUGGUGAAGAUCAUCGACUUUGGCAGCUCCCAGACGUUCAACCCCCUGUUCUUGAAGCAGCUGGGAUGCCACACUGGGACCCUUGAGUACAUGUCUCCUGAAAUGGUAAAAGGGGAUGUGAUUGGCCCACCAGCGGAUAUUUGGGGUCUAGGUGUCCUGACAUUUGUCAUGCUGAGUGGGAGGUCUCCAUUUAGUGAAGCAGAUCCUGUGGAGAUGGAGAUCAAAAUCCAAGCAGGGAAGUUUGACCUCACCAAAUUGUACCCUAACGUGUCCCAAAGUGCCUCUCUGUUCCUCAAGAAGAUCCUAUGUACCUACCCCUGGACCCGUCCGACCAUCAAAGACUGCUUUGCCAACUCCUGGUUGCAAGACGCCUACCUGAUGAAGCUGCGCCGGCAGACCCUCACCUUCACCACCACCAGACUCAAGGAGUUCCUGGUGGAGCACCAGCGCAGGAGAUCAGAGGUGGCCACCAAGCACAAGGUCCUCCUGCGUUCAUACCAGAGUGUCCCACAGCCCUCUGCGCCCGUGACCCAGUGACAACAUCCAUGCCACGCAGGCACUAUAGGGGGCAGUGGGAAGAACAUUCCAGGUUCUCCAAGAGGAAUGAACAGGAUGAUUGGCCAGGACUCUGUGACCGACGCAACCAGCCAGUCCACUCAGGCUGGAACAGAAGUGUGUGUGUGUGUGUGUGUGUGUCCAUCCUUGGUCGAGCGAAAACUAGCCGCACCAUCAAAAAACAAGCAAGAAAAGAAAAAUGGAAUUGAAAUCGUAUACCUCAAGAACUGUUGGGAAAGGAGUGUGCAGUGGUUAGGUAUUGGUUAUAGAUUCAUCCCUAUCUAAACCCUGUUUCAAUUUAUUUCCUGCAUUUUUCAUUGGAGUUAUAACUUAGAAUUAGCCUUACUGAUUACUACCUUGUAAUAUAGGUGGGGUGAUCGAAAGCUAGGCCCCUUUAUGUACUUUUUCUUUUCUACCUUUCGAGGAGGAGAAGGCAUGUUAACACCAUGUGCUAAACCACAAACUGUACAUUUGUAUAUUAGUGGCUUUCCCUGAGUCUGAAAUGGGGAUUCCCACUCUGAAGAGGAGAACUAACGACUCUGUUACUGCUUGUUUUCAUUUUGUAAGUGACAUUGCUGUUUAUUGUGUUACUGAUAGUUCAAUUGUUUUCAAGCAGUAAUAAUACAAAUUAUUGCUUGUAGUAGCGGAAGUUAAAGGUGAUCACACCUUACAAUAAGUAAGUGGCAAUUCAUUUAAAUACGAGUUGGCAGUUCAUAAUGUUCAUAAGUGAAAUGUACCAUAAUCAUUAAUUACUUUAUUGGGAUUCAAUAGGAAUGAAUAUUCUACUUUAUAUGUAAUAACAUUUGAAUUCCUACCACUUAUUGUAAAGUGUAAUUUAGUAAAGUGAAUUUAGUGCUACUAAAUCAAUGGAAACUACCAAUAUUUUUCUUUUUAGCUCUAUUGGCUAUUUGAUAGAACAGGUACUGGGUGGCCUUUUUUAUGUUUCUGUGACACAUAAUGGGACAACAAAAUAGUUAACAGGUAAAGUUCACGUAGUCCUAAGACACCAUCCUGUUCUACGUAUUCUCAUUUAGGGUUAGGGUUUGGGUUGUCUACCCCAACGUAAGAAGAGCCAAGGAAAGGAACAGGCCAAAAGCCUGUUGCCAAGCAAUUUACCAGGACUUCAUUACAGCUUCCUGUGUGGGCUAAAACUGACAAUUUUUCCCAGAACAAGAGGAUACAUUUAACACUAGUCAAAUCUGUGGUGAUCCCUUAUUACAACCUGACUUUUCUCAGCAGAAACCUGGCCUCCUUUUUUGCAUAGUUUACAUUUAAUUAUUUAAAACUGAUAACAUAGUUUUAAAAAACUGCAUUUCCUUUUAAGUGCUAUCAAAACUAUGUAGGACUAUAUGGUAUGCCUAACUGCCAACAAAUGAUGAUAUAUAUAUAUAUUUUAAUUUCAGUAUUUAAAUGUACCAUUUUAUUAUUUGUCUUUUAAACAUUUCAAAUGCCCCACAUGCUAUAACAUCAGUGCACUAGGAGGUCGUAUUGCUCUAGUCAAAUACAUGUUUAGUUUCAACUGCUAUUACAUUGAUUGGAUUAACCUCUCAAAUUUGAAAGUGCUUUGAAAUAGUGUGUUUUAAUUCAGACUGUUGGCAGAUAGAUAUAAUUUCUACCUAAAUGUUAUAGAUGAGUUUGAUUUAAAAGGCAGGUUGAAAAGAUGUGGCCCAUUUUAUUUCCGAUAAAGGGGGAUAGAGUUCCAGCCUUCUGUAUCCGAAGAUGAACAGAGACGUGCCCCCUCCCCAGGGUCGCACAGUCAGUCUUUAUAUAAGAGCUAGAGUUUGAAACCAACCUCUCCUAGCUCAGUUUUUCUCAUCUUUUAACUCUAGGUCACGCUGUGUUGUGGUUAAGAGUUUAUAGUAUCGUAAGAUAGCCUGUUUUCCGUAUACUGUAAUGCAGUUCCUGCACUGAGCUUGUGUUAGUUCAAUGGAUGGUAGUAAGUUCCUCUCUCUGCAAUGCCAACUCCCAAGGUUGUAAUAAUCCCAUUCUGACUUUACAUACAACAAUGGCUCUAGGCUGAGUGUGUACAGGUCUCGCUGGGUUCUCAUAAGAACCUACUGACCAGUGAUUGGGACUGAGGCCCGUGCCUGUUAAUUUCUAUCCAGCUUCCUUAAUUUAGUUCUGUGCUAAUCCUCUUGUCCAUUUCUGUGCUGUGUCAGUCACAAUGGGAUGCCACAGUGUGACGUUACAGUUAUAUCAAUUGUUGUUACCUGAUUCUAAACAAAUCUUCAUUUUUAACGAUGUUACAUUUCUAUAACUGUGAAUUAAUGAAAAUAAUUGUUACAAUUAAUAUUUAUAUAUGGAGAUAUGAAAUAUAUACUGACCAAGAUCCAAUGCUUGGCUGCUACCCAUAGUGAGAGAAGCAUAAAGUUUAAAGACGCCUGCAGUCCGUUGCUGUUUUUAUGUUAAAAAACGGCGAUAUGAUCGUGUAAAUAUCAGGUAGUCAGGUAGUCACUAAGGUAAUAUAAAUAUGAUGUCACUACCGCGGUGGUAUGGUAACCAACGGGAUUGAUUGGCUGUGUUAAAAUGCAGGAGAUGAACUAUGUAGAGUUGCUGUUGUUGUUGGGACCCUGAAAAUCAUUAUAACUUUAAAAAAGCAAAAAAAUGAACUCCCUGAAUGUGCACGCUAAAAAAAGAAAAUGAAAAAUAAGUUUCAUUUUUCUUUUUUUCAUUUUCUCUACAUUGGAUAUUUCACAGUAAUUAUGCAUUAAGUUAAAUAACUUAAGUGUGCCAUACAUUACAUUGGGGACAAACAAGGAAACGUAAUGGAAGUCUGAAUGGAUAGUUACCUACUUUGAUGAUCGGGCUUACUGCACGAAGGUGUUGUGGCGUAGAGGAGCGAAGCAGAAAUUGAAUGUAUUCUACAGCUGGACAUUGAGAAGAGAAGCCAGCAUCAGGACAACGUGGAAUUGCAGGCCCAUUCCCAGAAAUAGAAAAUGGAAAUAGGACUCCCUAAGGCUAAAGACAUGGAGUCUUCAUGUUUGAGUUAAAGAGCACAUUCACUAAGCAAGCAUGCAGACAAUACUACAGAUUUGAAGUAGUCUCGGUACACACUUUUUGAAUUUUCUUAAGCAUUUUUUUUUUUCGUAUUGUACAUGAUCGAAUUUGGCUGCACUAAGCUAAGCUGCUGUUACCGGGAGCUUUUCAAGAUUUUAAAAGGGCUGUCCAACUAUGACUCAUUUACAGCUUUUUAAGCUCCAAAACGCUUUUUUUGAUUUACAGGUGAAGUAUCCCAUACAAGGCUGUUAACAGGUUUGUAAAGACUGCAAGGACGAUUGGUAGUCUUUGCGUCAGCAGACACAGUCAAAAUACAACCAAAUUAAAUGUGUGAAAUGUUGAAUAAGCACAUGAAUACUGACGUUUAGUUUGGUAGAACAUUAUUUUUGUUUGCAGUUCAUAUGUUCGUGAUUUUCUAUCUCAUUGGUCAUGUGGAUGUUUUAGCCAAAAAGGCAGGACAGCUCUGUGCUAAUUCAUCUGCCGUAAGAUAAUGUCCACUCUAUUCCACAGACAGAAUGAAGAUAGAGAAAUCUGUAGUUUUUACUUCUACUGGAAAUACAAAACACCUGUACAUACUGAGAAACAGCAAAAGGAGAAGCCAGUUGUGCUUUUGAACUGUGCCUGGGAACAGGCCUCACUUUAUUGAUGAUCAUUUUAAAAGGAAUGAUAGUAUUUUUUAUUGAUGAUCAUUUUAAAAGGAAUGACAGUAUUUUUAUUGUAAAUUGACAGCAGUGACAAUCUAUUUAAUGUAGUUUGUAGAUGUUGUUUUUAGUGGUUUGUUUGUUUUAUUUAUUUAUUUAUUUAUCUGACUCGGUAGGAAUCUGGAAUCCUUUACAAUUUUGUGGAAUUGUUCAUUUAAUUCUGGUGUGAAUCCACGGCAUGAAAGCUGAGAAACAAAAUAAAGAAAAAAAAAUAAAGCAAACUGCAAAAAGCA